CUUAAUCUCACUACUGUUUCAUUUCAGUCUUCAGUUCAUCAUCUCUUACAGCUAUGAAGCUGGAGAAAGAUCAGAAGAAGAUGGUUUUUGGUGUCACUCCCUUCCUUUUACUACUUUCCUUGCCGUUUCUCUGUGUCGGUGCCGAUUUCCUCUGGGGAAACAGAAUUACCUUCCAUCAAUGGAUGCAGAACUUUUCCGGCGUAAGAUCUGCGAUGAAGACAGUAGACGACAAGGAAUUCAUCAAUUUCCAUUUAGUAAGACUAGUCAGAGGGGAGGAUCGGAGGAAGCUUGACGAUACAGGCUUUGCCUGCCACAGAGCCUUCCACUCCGUCCACUGCGUAUCGACUAAACCCGUACUAAUUGAGACCGGAAACAUGACGGUCUACGUUCCGUCCGACGACGAGUGGGAAAACGAGACGGUGGUCCGUCCCUACCCGUGGCAGGGAUACGCCGUGAACGAAAUCUCCCCUGUCCGGAUAAUCCAGUACAGCAACGCCACAGCUCCUCCGCCGUGCGAUUUCCGCCACCGCGUCCCCGCCGUGGUGUUUUCCUCCGGCUACAUCGGAAACACGUACCACGAAAUGAGCGAGAUCAUCAUCCCCCUCUACAUCACCACGCGCCACUUCCAGACGCGCGUGGCUUUCGUCGUCGAGGACUACAAGCCCUCCUUCGUCGCCAAAUACAACGCCAUCCUAACUCGUCUCACGGCCCACGAGGUGAUCAAUCCGGCCGCGAAUGCCACCGCCGUCCACUGCUUCCCUGCCUCAGUAGUCGGGCUGAAAUACCACGGCAUACUGAAGGUGAACUCCACGGACAUCCCAGGAGGGUACGGAAUGCCAGAAUUCAAGCUUUUCCUCCGUGAGAUCUUCAGUCUAACGUAUUCCCACGUCUCGGAAAUCUCUAGACCGAGGCUACUUCUUCUGUCGCGCACGAAAUCGAGGAAGUUCCUCAACGAAGACGAGAUGAUCACCGUGAUGCAAGAGGUAGGGUUUGAGGUGGUGGUGGUGAGGGGGUCGAAAGUGGCGUCGAAUCUGACACGGAUGGCGCGGCUAGUGAACUCGUGCAGCGUGAUCGUGGGCGUGCACGGGGCCGGGCUAGCAAACGACGUGUUCAUGGCAAAGGGAGGCGUGGUCGUGCAAGUGGAGCCGCUCGGGACAGAGUGGAUUUCGAAGGUGAUGUUUGGAGACACGGCCCGGGCGAUGGGGCUGCACCACCUGCGGUACAAGAUUGAGGAGGAAGAGAGCUCGCUGGUGAAGCUAUACGGCCGGAAUAGCUCGGUGGUGACCGAUCCGGGAUCCGUGUACCGAGACGGUGGCUACAUGACUGCCAGAGCUGUUUUUAUUGAUCAACAAAAUGUGAAGAUCAAUCUUGCUCGAUUUAGGUCGACCAUUGUUGAAGCGCUUAGUAUUGUUUCGGAUUAAUCAAAUUUUGCAGGUGAAUUCACUACUUUUGAUAUUUAUUAAAUUCGAUAUAGAAAUAUAAUUCGAAACAUACAAUUCAGUCAAAGAAAGCUAAAAGAUCUCUAAUUAAACAUAGUACUACUAUCUACUUAGUUUAUCAAUUAAAAAAUGUUCUUAGAUUCUAGUAAAUGUUUUGAACUCCAAUGUCAUAAUCAAGAGCAUGGUAUUCAACUAUUUUAA